AUGAGAGCACUGACGUCAAACCAGAAACUAAAGCUUCACCGAAGUGAACUUGUUUUCGAUAGAGAUGAAGAGUGGCGUUUAGUUUCACCGCAGCAGCAGUCUCCAGAAAAUUCACAGAAUUCUAUGACAUCAAAUUCUUCAUCAGCCGUUAGCAGUAUCGAUAUUAAUAAUUCAGAUAGAUUAUUGCAUCCGAUUAUGAAUUACGAACGUCUUCUAGAAAGAUCUCAAGAAGUUAAAGUUACAACUAAAGAUUCGAAAAAAAUGGAAUUGGAAGUUCAUGCCAAAGUUGGAGACGAAAGUGAAUCAAGUAUAUCUGAAAUUGCCAAAAAAUUUUCAGUACAAAUAGAAGGAGGAGAGACUUCUGAAUUUAUUUUGCAGUUCGACCAACGUUCAAGCAGAGAAAUCAAUAUCGACAAUAUUUUAGGAGAUAUACAAUAUCCAUCAUCAAUUAUUGAACCACCGAGUGUUGCUGCAUCUCCACCACAAAUAAUAGAAGCAAUUCAAGCUGAGGAAACUACUACUAUUGCUGAAUCAGUUGAAGAACAACCAGCAACUGAAAUUAUGCAAGCAAGAAUAGAACAACCAAAUGAAACAACUUUUGUAACUUCUUCAAUUGUAACAGAAGUUGCCCAAGAAGGUGUGAGUAACAUCUCUUCAAUAGAAAACGAGCCAGAAGGUGUUUUAGUCCCUCUAAGUGAAGAUGUUCUGGAGAAAGAAUCUACUUUAAACGUAGUCGAAAUUAUUCCACAGGAAGUUGGACAAGUUUCCACUGCAAUUUUAAUUCAAGAAAAUAUUCUGCCUAAUGAGGAAAUUCAAGAGGGAUCAAAAGAAAUCACGAAAGAAGAGCUCGAAAGUUUGCAACUAUUGCAACCAAAAAUUAUGAUUGAUUAUAUUGAUAUUGAAGAGCUUGAAGCUAAAUGCGUAGAAUCAGCCAAAAGGAAAUAUGGCAAUAAUGCUCUAACUACUCUCAAGAAAAUCCAGAAGAGAUCUGUCCCAAAAAAAAGAGGAAGAAAACCGAAAGAAAAGAAUGUUGAGGAAAAGACAGAGAAUAUCGAACCUCCAAAAAAGAAGCGUCGGAUGAAAACGACUACGCCAAAAAAAACACUCAUACAAAGACGAAGAAUUAAAAAGAACUUUCCGGAGACUGAGUCUGCCUUCGAGAAAGAACAAGCUGUAACACAGGAAGAAAGGUUCGAGAAAGAAAAAGUUGUCACUCCAGUGUCUGAAGAAAAAGCAGUCGAAACUGAAAAAAUUGCGGAACAUCCUUUUCGAGAGCAACUUAUCUUAGAAGCACCUCAACAAACUAUUCAAAAACAAGCUGAUAAGUUCGCUGUUAAAGAAACUGAAUUCACAGAUCCUAUGGAAACACUAUAUUCCAAAGAACUAUGCUUUGAAAUUCCAAUUCAUCAAUCUUCACAAGAAUUUAUUACGGAAUUUUCUACAGCUGGUUUAGGACAAAAGAAAUAUUAUCCUUACCAAGAACAUCAAAGAACAAUGUAUAGUUUAUACCUAUUGACAGCUGUUACAGAUACUGAAGAUACCUAG